AUGUCAGCUGCAAGUUUCAGCACAUUCAAAGAACACAGACUGACAAUUGCGGAGCUAGCAGAACUCUAUCGAUCCUCCCGAGUCAACGUUGAAAGUCCAUCUUCGAGUAAAGGCCUCGCAGGUCAAGAGGCCGAGCAGCGUCUUGAAAAAGAUGGUCCGAAUGCGCUUGCGCCACCCGCUGAAAUCAGUAAUCUGAAACUUUUCUUGAGGCAAUUCGUGAAUCUUUUCUGGAUACUUCUCAUAGGUGCUGCAAUCCUCAGUAUGGUCACAUUCUUCCUCGACCGAACAGUGGUUAUCAAUCUUUAUGUGGCGAUUGUGCUGAUCUUGAUUGUGAUCAUUAUGUGCGUUGUGACGUUCUUCGAAGAGAAAAAGGCCAUCAAUGUCGUGAAAGCAUUUACGAAUUUACUUCCAACGAAGUGCAAUGUGGUUCGUGAUAGUCAACAAAUUGUUAUUGAUACAGAAAAGAUUGUUGUUGGUGACAUCGUGAUUGUUAAGUGUGGUUCGAGAGUGCCUGCAGACGUACGCAUCAUUCAUUGCUCCAAUUUGAAACUGGAAGCAUCGUCAAUAACUGGUGAAGCAGAACCGAUCGAUUUCCAAAGUGAGCCAGUUGCUGAACACAUUGAUGUGUUUGAAUCAGCGAAUGUCGCGUUUAAUGGAUCGUUUUGUGUGGACGGGGAGGGGGUCGGUAUCGCGAUUCGAACUGGCCAAAACACGAUUCUUGGUCAAAUCGCCUCGUUGACCACGAAUCAAAUACAACAGAAAUCCUCAUUGGAAAUCGAAAUAAAUCGCUUCGUCAAAUUCGUCUUCAUCUCAGCACUCACAAUGGGUGCGGUAAUCUUUUUGAUUGGAUGUUUAAUGACUGGAUUCAACGACAUUCUCGGACUGUUUACUUCCGGAUUUUUGGUCGUAAUCAUCGCUAACGUUCCACAGGGUCUUCCGGCAACAGUAACAUCCGAGUUAACGAUUAUUGCACGUCGUAUGGCCAAAAAGAAUGUUUACAUGAAGAAAUUGGAUGUGGUUGAUGCGUUCGGUGCAGCUACGGUGAUUGCUUCGGAUAAAACUGGCACUUUGACUACGAAUAAUAUGACUGUUACGGAUGUUUGGGUGGGACUCAGAUACGUUAGCGGUCUGCCUGAAGUGAAGCACAAAACCCUCCAUACUCUCCAGACGCGCAAUCAGCCAUUACCAAUGACUCUCGACAUCUACGAUAAACCAAUCCCCGAUCUGAUCACACUAAUGAGUAUUUGCAACAAGGCGCAAAUUGAAGUGACUGGAUUGACGAAUGUUGGCCGUGAACAACUUUCAAUGAAAUUUAGUGAUCCAGAAUCAGGGAAUACUUUCACAAAACGACCGAAGUUUACCAAUCAAAUGUCGGUUGCAUCAAUGAAACUCGCUGGAGAACAUCGGAUUACUGGAAUGCCCUCGGAGGUGGCCUUGUUACGAUACGCGGACAAAGUGGCUAAUGUUUCAUGGCUGCGAGGCAAAUACCACAUCGUUUAUGAGGUACCAUUCAAUUCACUGCGUAAAUGGCAUUUGAUGAUUGUUCGUGAGAGUGGCCGUGUUAUCGAAGAAGACGGACAAACCAAAUAUACGAUUAUGCUUAAAGGCGCGCCUGAAGUGGUCAUAACGAAGUGCUCACAAAUCGCUAUGCAAGACGCUGCGAUCCCGAUUGAUGAUGAAAUUCAAAUGGAAUUUCAAGAUGCAUACGAUCAUUACGGCAACAACGGUCGUCGAGUGAUCGGAUUCGCACAAAAAGAAUUUCGGGCAGCUUCAGAUUCGAAAUUCAGUGUCGAGGAGGGAAACUUUCCAUUUGAAGAACUCACAUUCAUUGGUAUCGCUGCAAUCAUGGAUCCACCAAGACCGGACACAGCAAAUGCAAUCGCACAGUGCAAACACGCUGGUAUUAAGGUGUUUAUGGUAACAGGUGAUCAUCCAUCAACAGCCACUGCGAUUGCUCGCGAAAUCGGACUCAUUGACGAACCGAUAAUUCAGGUGGUUGACGUGAAAAGUCGCCGACGAGUGACCGUGAAUGUACCGGUCGAAGAGAUCGAAGAAGAGACUGACAAAGAAUGGGCGACGGUUCACGGUAAAAUGUUACCGUCGAUGAGUGACGGCGACUGGGAUGAACUACUCGCUCAUAGCUAUAUCGUUUUCGCUAGAACAACGCCAGAGCAGAAAUUGCUGAUCGUUGAAAAGUGCCAGGAGAGGGGAGAGGUGGUUUGCGUGACCGGUGAUGGUGUCAACGAUGCUCCAGCGCUGAAAAAAGCCAACAUUGGAGUUGCGAUGGGCGUUACUGGUAGCGAUGUGGCCAAACAAGCAGCUGAUGUGAUUUUGAUGGAUGAUAAUUUCGCGUCGAUCGUAAAAGGAAUCGAGGAGGGUCGCCUUUUGUUCGACAAUCUUCGCAAGACAAUCGCAUAUACACUCACACACACUAUUCCAGAAGUUGUUCCAAUCGUCUUCAACUUCCUCCUCGGUAUCCCUAUGGCUAUUACAUCGUUACAGAUUUUGAGUAUCGAUCUGGGUACUGAAAUAACACCAGCUAUUUCGCUUGCAUACGAGAAUUCAGAGAGGGAUAUUAUGAGCAAACCGCCUCGAAAGAACACCACUCGAUUGGUCAGUUUCGCACUCCUGGCCUACUCAUACAUUCUCGCCGCUGGCAUCAUUAUUGGCUGGUCAACUGCUGCUUACGUUUACGUUUAUGCAUAUAAUGGUAUAUCGUUCAAAGAUCUCUUCUUCAGUGCAUCAAAAUAUUUCCGAUAUAAUCCUGUUGGUAAUUUCACUAGCAACGGUAACGUUUACGAUGAACACCUUCAGGUCAACAUUCGCAAUCAAGCUGCUGCGGCAUAUUAUUUGACUCUAGUUGUGUCACAGGUGACGGUUUAUGCAGUGAUCAUCGAAAUACUUCUCGUUGUCAUUUUCAUUUACACACCUGGAGUAAACUACAUUAUGGGCGCUAGCCCUCCUCCGUAUAAGGCAUGGUUCUUUUCACUAGGCGCAGGCGUGUGUCUGUGGGUAUUCAACGAAACACGUAAAUACUUCAUUCGCAGAUGGCCAUACAACAAUAUUGUUCGUAUGUUCAAAUGGUGA